GGGUCAAGUGAACUUCAGGAGCAGUUAGAGUGAGAGGAGCUCAGGAUCGGAUCGAUCAGCUCUCUCUCAGUGCUGUGUGUGUGGAGGAGGGAGACGUCUCCUGACUCAGACUCUCAGUUCUCUGGGCUUCACUUACACCUGCACCAUGAGGAAGGGCUCCUGCUGCAUGUUCACGUCGGGAGUCGUCGGUGCUCUUCUCCUGAUCGCCGGGAUCGGCCUCUUUGUGUCCGGACUCUUCCAGACCUUGAUCCACAACAAGCUGAAGGGGGAGAUCACACUGACGGAGGGCAGUAAAGUUUUCGCCUCGUGGAAGAAUCCACCGCCUCCAGUCUAUAUUCAGUUCUUCUUCUUUAACGUCACCAACCCUGAAGAGUUCCUGAAAGGAGAAGCCAAACCUCGUCUCACUGAAAUGGGGCCGUACACUUUCAGACAGUACAGGCCCAAACGCAACGUGACGUUUGUGGACAACGGGACGAAGGUCUCAGCUUAUACAGUCAAGAGUUUUGUCUUUUUGCCUGAGAAAUCAGUUGGAGAUCCGAAGGUGGAUGUGGUGACGACAGUGAACAUCCCAGCCGUGGCCGUGAUUAAUCGGCUCAAAGGCUUGGGUUUCUGGGUUUCCUCUGGUAUCUCUAUGUACAUGGGCUCCAUCGGCACGACUCUGUUCAUGACACACACCGUGGAGGAGAUGCUCUGGGGCUUCAAGGACCCUCUCCUCACCAGACUGAAAACCAUAAAGCCGGACACAGAUGAGUACUUCGGUCUCAUGAUAAACAAAAACGGCAGUGAUGACGGUGAGUUCGUGUAUCACACCGGAGCGCAGAACUACCUGGACUUCGGACGCAUUUUCACCUGGAAUGGAGAAAAGAAGCUGUCGUUCUGGAGGACCAACCAGAGUAACAUGAUCAACGGCAGCGACGGCAGCGGCUUCCACGCGUUCCUGAGCAAAGAAGAACGGCUCAACGUCUUCUCCCCUGACCUCUGCAGGUCCAUCCACAUGCGCUUUGAGAAGGAGGUGGAGGUGAAGGGCAUCCCAGCGUACCGCUUCACACCGCCCCGAGCCGUGCUGGCCAGCGGCAAGAACAACCCAGAGAACGAGGGGUUCUGCCUGACGCCGAAGAACUGCCUAGACGACGGCGUGCUGGAUGUGUCUGUGUGUCGGAAAGGUGCUCCUGUCGUCGUGUCGUUCCCUCACUUUCAUCUGGGUGCUGAGAAGUACGCCAAAGCCAUCGAUGGCAUUUCUCCGGUGCACGAGCAUCACCAGACGUUUCUGGAUCUGAACCCUACUAUGGGAUUGCCUGUUCGUGCCAUGAAACGAGCGCAGAUCAACAUUCAUCUCGAGAGAGUGAGCGGCUUUCCUUUGACCAGGAAUCUCAAUGGUACCAUCUUCCCCAUUCUGUUUCUGAAUGAGUCGGUGGUGAUUGAUGACGUUUCAGCGACGAGGAUUCAGAAGCUGCUGCUCAUCGUGACUCUGGUCUCUUAUUUCCCGCUCCUCAUCGUGGCUCUGGGAGUCAUUCUGCUGCUCGUCUGUAUCAUCCUUGUCAUCCGCUUCUAUCAGAACAAGCCGUCUGCGAAGAAAGACACAUCAUACGCUCCUGUAAGCGACAAAGCAGACGAUCAAGACGAGAAAAAUGGCACUUAUAUCGGCCUGACACCUGUGGACAAGUCUUAAGCAGCUGUGUGUGUGUGUGUGUCUCACAGAUGCUGUCACUCUCAGUAGAGCGGUGUGUGUGUGUGUGUGUGUGUGUGUGUGUGUCAGUCGUCUUGAUUCACACACUGAUUUCUCAGGACUGACGCUGUGAGCAAACGAGCAUCUGGAUGAAGGACUGAAGAACACACACACUUCAGGCUCAUUCAGCAUCUGUUUCCUUUCAUAUUUGAACACUUUGAGCCAAUUUAAAGCUGCUGUCAGUGAUUGUUUAGGAGUAUCACACAUCAAAUGUUGAGAAAUCACAUCACACUAGAUUCUGACUCAAGUGACACUCGCAUCUCUUGCUGUCCGUUUAUUACUCGUUACUUAGUGAAAUCAAGAUUUAUGUAUUUGAAUUGCAUGUAAAAUAUGGCUUAUAUUGUUUUAACACAAACUAAUAAACUUAAUGUGAUGCAUAUUAGUCAGUCAUACACAAUGAGAUCAGAUUUCUGAAUGAUAUGAAAAAUAAUCUACUAUUUGAAUUUAUUUUGAUUUUAUUUAAAUAAUCUUUUUUUAUGCAUUUAUACAAAGUUUGAACAUCAGAUAUGACUGUGGAACAAGCAAUAUUCAGUUUGAAUGCCUGAGAUUUAAACAAGUUGAUUUAUUGAUAUUAAAUAUAUAAAGCUGGUUAUUUGUAUUGUGUAUUUAGUACACAUUCUGUUUAUUAGUGCUAUUACAGAUAUCUGACUGGUUUCAUUUAUACAUGACGGAUAUAUACGCAUCACAUUAAGUUUUUUGGUUUGGUAAAACUGAGUGAUUCAAAUGCAAUUCAUAUACAAACAAAUGUAAUUUAGGUUUUUUUUAAGAGUGAAGGGGAGUGGCUUUUUUUUUUUUUUUUUUUUUGCCAAUCAGAAACUCUGUCAGUCAUUUUGCAUGUUUGUAUUUGCAGACCUCAGUGUGGUGGGCGGGGUUUGAUACAGAGGGCGUGUCUGUCUUAGUAGGUGGAGUUUGGUAUAAAUGUGUGUGUGUGUAUUUAGUGGGUGGAGUUUAAUAGAGGCUUGUGUCAGUGGGCGGAGUUUGACACAGAGGGUGUGUCUCAGUGGGUGGAGUUUCUCAUAGAGAGUGUGUGGCGGGGUUUGUCAUAUAGGGGACAUGUGUGUCAUUUAGUGGGCGGGGUUUAGCUAAGAAGGUGUGUGUGUGAUAGUGGGCGGAGUCAGGGGUGUGUGCGAUUGUAGCUGAAAAGCUCCUGAAAUCACUUGCAGCACCUUUAACAAUCAGACACUAUGUUCAGAACUUAAAACCUCUUAAAAGGCCAAACAAAACAACUUUAUAUUUGUGUUACCAAAUGGUCUGUUCACACAUGACGUGUUCCUGCAACAGCUGGACUGAGGUCAGUGCAACAGAACAGAAGCAGUGAUACACAAACAAUAACGCAAGCGUCCGGUGUGAACGACCCAUAUGUGACUGAACCUGCUGUGCCUUUAGUUACAAACCACUGCGUUGAUUUAUUUCAGUCAAGAGCUGACAUCUCAUCACUGUGCCUUGAUUUCAGAAGUGUACAAUACUAAAGUUACGACUGAAUAAUUCAGUAUUUGUUGAUCUGAUGUUGUGGAAUAUAUCACUACCAAUCAAAAGUUUUUGAAGAGUA